AUGCACACUGCCGCCGACUCGGCGCCGCUUCCAACCGCCAGUGGCUUCCUCGCCUGCGACAUUGGCUGCCUGUCAGAUGAGGCGCUGGUCCUUAUCUUUGGCUCGCUAGGGCUACAGGAGAGGCACGCGGCGGCGGCGCUGGUGUGCCGGCGGUGGAACCGCCUGCUAGGCAGCCCAGCGCUGCUGCGCUCCGCAGCCCUGCGGCUCGCGCCCGGACCCACACAGCCUACCCGCGAGGCGGCGGCCCGCUUCCUGCCACGCCUCCGCGCCUUUGCGGCCUGGCUGGGCGCGCGAGCGGCGCCGCACCUGGUCUGCCUGCACCUGCAGCUCUGCAUCCCGCAAGGAGCCCCCACCGGCCGCCUGCGCCGCGCCUUCGCGGAGCUGAAAGCGGCGCUGGCAGAGCGCUGCUGCGGCCUGGCAGAGCUGCGCUUUGAGGUGGACCGUGGGGCCAAGCUCAGCGGCUGGGUGGCGGCGCUGGCAGGGCUGCGCACCCUGCACGUGCGCGCCGGCAGCAAGCUGCAGCUGGUGGCGCAGCUGCAAGGGCUGACCUCGCUGCGUGAGCUGCAUCUGGAGGGCUGCCCCCUGCGGAUCAGGCCCGAAGCGGAGCUGCCGGCCGGCGUGACCGCACUGGCGCUUGCCGGCGAUGCACGCAGCUCCGCGCUGCCGCAGCAGGCAAGGCCGCAGGCCCGCAUGCCUUCCUGUGGCCGCCCGCAGCUGGCUGCGUAG